UUAAGACCCUCUAAGUGACUGUUUAAGAGUGCAAACCCCUGACGCAUCUACAGAGGACAAGACUGCUACAAUGGAGAGUAUUUCAAAUGAAAGUGACUUUUGGCAAUUUAACGAUUCAUGGAGGAACUCAAGUAUCGUUAACGGGACCGGUUUGUUGAAUAAGACGAACCCUCUGACGCGGGAUGAAGAGGUGGCGAAGGUGGAGGUGACUGUGCUCGCCCUGGUGCUGUUUCUGGCGCUGGCGGGGAACCUGUGCGUCCUGCUGGCCAUCCACACUACCAAACACAGCCAGUCCCGCAUGUAUUACUUCAUGAAGCACCUGAGCAUCGCCGAUCUAGUUGUGGCGAUAUUUCAAGUUCUCCCUCAACUUAUCUGGGACAUUACAUUUCGGUUCUAUGGACCGGACGUUUUGUGCAGGUUAGUGAAAUACCUACAGGUCGUUGGGAUGUUCGCGUCCACUUACAUGUUAGUUUUGAUGUCCGUCGACAGGUGUUUGGCAAUUUGCCAGCCUCUCCGUUCUUUGCACAGGAGAAAAGACCGUUUUUAUGUCAUUGUUUCCUGGGUCAUUAGCUUGAUCUUCAGUAUCCCGCAGAUGUUCAUUUUCUCUCUGAUCGAGGUUGGCUCGGCUGGAUCCGGAGUGUAUGACUGCUGGGGCGACUUCGUAAAGCCUUGGGGUGCCAAAGCUUACAUCACAUGGAUCAGCCUCACCAUAUAUAUCAUCCCGGUGGCAAUACUGAGCAUUUGCUACGGGUUAAUAAGCUUCAAAAUAUGGCAAAACUUUAAACUGAAAACCAGGCGCGAGCAGUGUAUAAGCCUGACGCCCAAAUCCUCCAAAUGCAACACACUGGCCCGCGUGAGCAGCGUUAAGCUCAUCUCCAAGGCGAAGAUAACCACCGAAAUGACUUUUGUGAUCGUUUUGGCUUAUAUCGUCUGCUGGACACCCUUUUUCUCUGUUCAGAUGUGGUCUGCGUGGGAUCCAGCUGCGCCCCGUGAGGCCAUGCCCUUCAUCAUCUCCAUGCUUCUGGCCAGCCUCAACAGCUGCUGUAACCCCUGGAUCUACAUGUGCUUCGCCGGGCAUCUGUUCCAGGAUCUCAGGCAGAACUUCCUGUGCUGUUCCACACGCUACCUCAAGUCCUCCCAGCGUGACUUUGACUGCAGUCACAAGAGCAACUCCUCCACCUUUGUAAUUAAGAGCACCAGCAGCCAGAGGAGCAUCACACAGACAUCCUCCACAUAAGCCUGUCUUCCCUUCUCUCUCAAGCCUUCCUCUCAAACACCUGCGUCAUAUCUAGCAGUUCAACUCCUGAAGGAAUUAAUUGUUGUAUUAACAGUACUUCACAGUGUGAAGUGGAAUUGUGAGAUAGAAAUAUCUACAGAAAUUGAGUAAUGGUGUGGUAUUUCUUGUUCAUAAAGACGUAUAAGAUAAUCACAGACCAAGAAGAGCAAUCACUUGACUUUUGUUUUUAUAUUAUUAUUGUUUGAGAUGUACAGUAUAUAUGUGUACAGUGAAGAGAAAGUAAAGGCAACGAGAAUAUUUUUUAAGCACUGUAAACAUUAUUGAUUCAGUUGCAAAGCUUGUGGAUCCUGCUGUCUGUGUUAUGAUGAAAUUGACUAUCUAUUCUAAAUAUUGUGAACUACUUUGUAACAUUUACAGUGGAUUGCAUACAUCUAUGCUUACUUACUGUACUUGAUAUGUUGUUAGAUGUGAAAUGUCAUGUCUUUCCCUGGUAAAAAUAAAAUAAA